GUUUACCCAGCGUCCCGCGACUGCCAGAGAGAGCGCUGUGGCAAUGCAGAGCGCUUUUGUCGGUCGAGAGAGAGGGCCUCCACUCUUCAAGGCGUCUGGAACGGAGUCCUCUGAUAGGUAUCACGUAUUCAACUAGCGGCCGUAGAGGCACUAGCAAGCCAAACUGAAAAGUGAUUUGGACUCGGACCCCUGCCGCGGUCGUCAAGAUGACUUUCGGCGUUAGUCUGGUUGCUGCUAAUGAUGUGAUUGAACGCGCACUGCCGGCGCUGCAACAACACCUUCUGUGCUAACUGCUCAAACUCAAAAACCACCAUGCCCUCGUACGGAGCGCUGCACGCGGCACGCAAACAGUUGGCAGCGCAGCACUUUACCGUCGACGCCGAUGCGGUAGCUUGGCUCGACGCGGAGGCGUCGUCUGACGAGAGCGUUCCGCCGCCACCGCCCCGCUCGGCGCCGCCGCGGCCGCACCGCUCGCGCACGCCGCCGCCGCCGCGCGGAGCGCCGCCGCAACCACAACCAGCGCCGCGCCGGUCGAAGAGUUCGCCGCCGCGCGCCCGGCGGCGGCCGGCGCCGCGGCCGCCGCCGGCGCCGCGCCGCCGGCUGAGCGUGGGCGAGGCGUGCCGGCGGCUCGGCGAGCGCGCCUGCGUGCGGCGCGGCCGCCUCGCGCUCGUGGGCGAGCUCUGCACGGACAUCGCGGACGUGCCGGCGUUCGCGGCCGCGUGCGAGACGGUGUACCUGUCGAACAACUGCUUCGCGGCCCUCGACGGCGUACAGGCCUUCCGGCACGUCGUGCAGCUGUCGCUGACGAACAACUGCGUGCUGCACCUCGACCGCCUCGAGCCGCUGCGGAGCUUGGAGGCGCUCGUGGUCCUGGCCCUGGAGGGGAACGGCGUCGCGGCGCUGCCGGGCUACCGGAGCCGCUGCCUCGCGACCUGCGCGGUUUCCCUACGACGGCUCGACGGCCGCGACGUGACGCCGCGGGAGCGCCGCGACGCCGCGGCCGCGGACCGGCGGGACCGGGCCGUCUGGGACGACCUGCGGCGCCUCGACGCGCGCGCGGCGCGUUUGGGCGCCUACGCCUCGUUGCGGCAGGCGCACGGCGAGCUCCGGGCCUGGUUCGCGGCGGCGCGCGGGCCCGACGGGCCGCCGCCCGGCCGCGACGUCGAGGCGCGGCUGCUCUUAAGAAGGUGGCGCGUCGGCGACCAGGGCGGAUCGUUCGACGGCGUCGAGUUGCUGGCGCGGCGCGCGGGCCUGCGGCUCCGCGCGGCGACGGGCGCGCGGCCGUCGGACGCCGACGUCUUCGCCCGGGUCCACGACGGGCUGCACCGCGCGUUCGCGGCGGCGCUCGGCCGCUGCGGCGGGCUCGCGCGGACCACGCCCGCGCUGGGCCGCGGCCGCAUGCCCGUGCGCGCGCUCUGCGCCGCGGCGCAGGGCGAGGUCGCGCACGUGGCCGCCGCGCUGGCCCUCGCGCCCGCGGCGCCCGCCUCGGGCCCCGCGUCGCUGGCGGACUCGCUGCCGCCGCAGCAGCUCGAGCCCCCGUCGCCGGACAAGGCGGCCCGCGCCGCGCCGCCCUCGCCCGAGCCCGCGCCGCCGCCGCCCCGGCCACACACGCCGCCGCCCCUCGCGGCGCGGCCGCCGUCGCCGAUCUACGACCGGUCGCGGUCGCCGCCGCCGCCCGCGGCCGAACCGGCGCCGGGCCCGGCCGCGCUCGCGCCGCCGGCGCCGCCGCCGCCCGCGCGACCUCGGCCGCGGCAGGCGCGGGCGCCCGCGCGACCGGCCCGGCCGCCGCGGGCAACGGCUCAGGCGCGGCCGUCGCGGGCGCAAGCGCGGCCGGCGAGGCCGUCGCGCUCCCCCGUCCGAUCCGCGCCCGCGCCGCGGGCAACCGCUCAGGCUCGGCCGUCGCGGGGUGCCACGCGAGCGCCGGCGCCCGCGCGGCCGGCGAGGCCGUCGCGCUCCCCCGUGCGAUCCGCGCCCGCGCCGGCCGCGCCUGCACCGACCGCGCCCGCGCCGACCGCGGCGGAGCGAAAGCGCGCGCGGUCGCCGCCGCCGCCGGUCGUCGUCGAGCCCGUCGCGCCGGCCGAACCGGAACCGGCACCGGAACCGGAACCGACGCCGCCGGCGACGCCGACGACGCGGCAGCGGCGGCGCGCCACGGCCCUCGAGAAGGAGGAGGCCCUCGCCGCGACGCUGCGGGAGCUGUCGACGCACGUGGCGAGCGUGCUCGGCGUCGACGACGCCGCGAACCGCCGGCUCUGCGACGAGGCGCCGCCCGCCGCGCCGACCGACGAGCGCAUGAGCGAGCUCAAGGCCUACACUUCGCACCUCAAGAAGCGGCUGCGCGCGCUGGAGAAGGCGUCGGGCGCGGAGCGCGCGCGCGCGGAGCGGGCGGCCUUCCUCGUCGACGGCGUCGCGCGGCACCGCGGCGGCCCGGCGCCGGGCCGCGGCGGCGAGCAAGCCGUCACCGACGCGGAGAAGCGCCUGGCCGAGGUCACGGCGGCGCUGAAGCGGGCCCAGGCGCGGGCCGGCGACGCGGCCAAGGUCGCCGCGGCGCGCGACGCCGCCCGCGACGCCGCGGCCCGGGCCGCCGAGCGGCGGGCGCGCGCCGAGCGGGCCUGCGACGACGCCAAGGCCCAGGGCUGCGACGCGCGGGCCCGGCGCGCCGACGCCGAGGCCCAGCUGCUGGCGGCGUCGGAGGAGGCGACGGCGGCGCGCGGCGAUGCGACGCGGUCGCUCUACGACGCGGCGGCCUACUCGUCCGACGACCGGGACUCGAGCGACGACUCGUCGGACGACGACGACUGCGUCGACCGGGCGCGGCGCGGCGCGGCCGUCGCGGCGCUCGUGGCGCAGCGCGCCGGCGUCGGCGGCGGCGCGCCGCGGCUCGCAAAGGUGCGCGCGCCGUGGCUGCUGCGGCGCAUCCUGCGGCGGUGGCGGGCCGCGAAGAAGGUGAAGCCCUUCAACGCGCCGCGCCUCCGCGCCGCGCUCGAGAAGCUCCGCGAGCACGUCGACCUCGGGCGCCUCGACAAGGCCGGCGCGAAGCGGGCCGCCGCCGCGGCGCAAAGGCGGGCCUUCCGCGCGCUCCGGGCCCACCGCGCGCCGCGCGCGAAGAAGACAAAGGCGGCCGUUGCGGAGAAGCCGCCCGACGCGCGCGCGUUGUUUAGAAGGUGGCGGACGCGCGUGGCGUCGGACGCGCGGCUCCGCCGGGCGUCCGAGGCGCUCGUCGCGCGGCGGCGGCCGGCGGAGGACGCGCCGCCGGACCACGCGUGGCUCUUCCGCCGGCUGCUGCGCGACUGGCGGCGCGCCGUCAAAGUCAAUAGGGAGCACCGCGCGCGCGCGGCGGCCGAGGUCGAGCCCGUGGGAAGGCGGUUCCGGCGGCGCCGCGGCUUCAUCGCCUGGCGCCGCGCGGCGGCCGCGAAGCGCAUCCUGGACCUGGCGGCGGGCGCGAAGGCGGCGCGCCGCCUGCGGAAGCGGCGGUUCGCCCAGUGGCGGUCGAACGCGGACGUCGUCCAGGAGACGCGGGCUGCGGCGUGCAAGGCGCUGGCGCACUACCUGGAGACGGCGCGGCGGCGGGCCUUCGGGGCGUGGCGCGCGGCGGCGCGGCAGCUGUUCGCGCGGCGGCGGUUCCGGCGCCUCGGCGCGGGCCUCGCGCGCGCGGCGCGGCGGCCGCUCCUCGACGCGGCCGCCGCGGCGGCCAGGGGCGCGCGGGCCAAGGAGACGCGCGAUUCGGCGGCGGCCCUCGCCUUCCGGCGGGACAAGCGCAAGGAGCGCGCCGCGCAAGCGCUCCAGAAGUGGCGCCGCGACGUCGCGGCGCUGCGGGCGCGCGCGCGGCGGCUCGCGCGCGCGGCCGACGAGCUGCAGGACGCGGCCGCCGCGCCCCGGCCGGCGCCGCGGCCCGGCGCCGCCGCGACCGUGCAGCCGCGCCUGGCGUCCGUGCACGAGGCGCGGCGGCGGCGCGACGCGGCGAAGGCCGCCGCCGACGCCGCGCAGCGCGAGCUCGUGCGGCGCGCGACGCGCGCCGCGGCCUCGCGCGCGGCGGCCGCCGCGGCGACGCGGCAGGGCGACGCCGCGCGCCGCGCCGUCGCCGAGGCCGCCCGGGAGGCCGCGCGCGCCGCGGCGGCCGCGCAGCGCGAAGCCUCUCGGGCGACGGCGGCCGAGACGGCGCGCGCGACGGCGGCGCGGCGCGCGGACCUGGCCGAGGACCGGGUCCGGGACGAGGCCGCGGCCCUGGCGGCGGCGACGGCGGCGCUCGACGCGCUCGCGGACGGCCUCGGCGAGGAGCUGGGCGUCGCGAAGAUGAGCGGCCUCGCGGCGCCGAAGCGGAAGAAGAAGAGCAGUCUGCGGAGCGGCGCCACGGCCCUCGUGCACGCGACGUCCGGCACGCCGCCGCCCGCGCCGCGGCGCCAGGCGACGUCGCGGCACAAGGCGUUUCGGGCGCUGGCCGACUGCGAGAACCGCCUCCUCUGGUUGCGCACGGCGGAGCAGGAGCUCGACAAGGCGUGCGCGGACCGGGCGCUCGCCGCGGCCCAGCUGUCGGAGCAGGCCGAGGCGCAGAGUCGCGAGGCCGACGUUAAAUUGGAGAAGGCCCUGAACCUCGCGCGCGAGCUGCGCGAGGCCGUCGCCGAGGCCGGCCGGCGGACGGCCGAGCACGAGAUACGCCGCAAGCGGGCCCUGGAGUUGCUGGAGCGGCUGAACGCGGACCUGAAGCGCGCGAAUCUGGAUUUGGCGGCGUCCGAGGACGCGCGCGACGAGCUGAUCGCGCGGGCGGACCGGCGCAACGCGCGGCUGCGAGCCGAGCGCGAGGCUGAGCGAGUAGACGGCGACGUCGUCGCGCCUGCUGGCGUGCCGGAGACGCCGUCGGGGGGGUUGCCUUGGAGUGAUGACGAUCCGACGCCUAGGAGCGUCGGCGGGCGACGGGUGUUUGCGACGACCUGA